ACUCAGCAGGUCAUGCAGCCUCCGUGGAGAGGGAAUUCCAAUUACAAAUACACACUUUUCUGGAAGUUCCUUCUUACGAGUGGAAGAGCCGGUAUUUUACACUGACCUACAGAGCUGUAGAUUGGCAGCCAACCUGCCGUGGGGUAAGUACACCACAAACUCCUGCGGGAGAACAAGCUGCCCCUCGCCGCCUCCUCCGCUGGGCGGCACCGCCUUCGCUGACGUCAGCGCCGGGGCUUCGGGUGGCGACGGGCCGCCAGCGGACCGACGGUGAGCGGGCCAUGAGAGGCAGGCCGCGGAGGCCUCGGCUGUGGUGCGUCUGUCUGCUGCUGUGGGCCGCCCGGGAUGCGGGGCACGGCUCGGCGAUGGCGAGCGGGGAGCUCGGGUCAACGGUUCGGAACAAUAGCACUAACACCACCGCGGCGGCGGCGGCGACGCAGGGAGACAAGGCGAGGACGGACGGCGCCUACAACGCGGUGCCCAGCGCCGAGCAGACCAUGAUGAUCCAGCGGGCGCUCUGCGUGCUGGUUGUGGUCACGGCCCUGGUCGUGGUCUACUUCGUGGUGAGGACCAUCAGGAUGAGGAGGAUUAACAGAAAAAACCGGAAGUAUGGAGUAUUGAAAACAGAUCUAGAAAACAUGGAAAUGAGACCAUUAGAUCAGGAAGAUGAUGAAGAGGAUGAAACAUUAUUUGAUAUACAUCAUUCAAGAAGAUAGAUGAGAUGAACCUUACUAUACGUUCUGCAAGAAAGCCAAACGUGCAUAGAAGUUUCAAGGCACCAUCUGUUUCUAGCUCUGAAGAACAAGCUCUGUAUCUGUAUGGUGUAUAGCUAUGUAUUUUGUUAUUGUACAGUAGUUUUGUAGCCCUAAUUAAUGAAAAUACACUAUUUUAAUAAGGUAAAAUAUAUUUCUGGUGUAAAUGAAAGUUGGUAAUGAUAUGUUUUUUUAUUUUUAUUUAUCAAAAUUGGCAAUUAUCUUCAAAGUUAGUGCAAAAAAAAUCUUUUCCAAUUCCCUUGUAUGUACAUCAUUAUUCAUUUUUCGAUUGAAGGAAUAUGAACUGUAUUAAAAAUCAGAUCUGUAUUUUCUGAUUCAAAUAUUGAUAUUAUUUUUAAAAUUGGAAUCAGAGUGCCAAUAUAAUAAUUGCUUGGUUACAGGAUUUUUAAUAAUUGCCAUAAGAUUUUAACAUCAAUUGCUCUAUCUUGCAACUGUUGCUAAUUAUACACUAAUUGUUAAAAUGUUGGAUUACAUUUUAAUAAUGUAGAUAUAGCAUGUCAGUACAUUAUAUAGAGACAAAGCUCAUAUUUUGUAAAUAUGCAAUGCAGGGAAGUGUUUACAAAAUAUCUGAAAGAUCUUGAUUUUUUUCCCCCCUUUUCAAAAGGGAAAAGGAAACUUGAAAACUUAAGAUUGUUGCUGUUGAUCAAUGCUUUUCAAUUCACUUAGGAUGCUUAUUUUUUGGCAAAUGAUGGUGGUGUUUUUAGCUGAAUUAUUAAUUGAAUAAUAGCACUUUGGGAAUGUUUCAAAGUAAAAAUUAAAGGACCAUUUUUGUGUUAUAUUACUGCUAAUUAAUAGCAUGAUGAUUGAUGAUACAGAUGCCUUUGACUCAAAAUAAAAGCCAGCAAUUUUGUAUCACCACAUUCCAUGAGGAUAAGUUUAUGUUUAUAUUAACAAAUGUUUUGAGUUUACAUGAUUUGUGUUUUUUUUCUUGCAUAGUAUUUCUGGUUUCGGGGUUAGGUCUGAUUCUGUUUUUGUGUGUGUGAUAUAGCCAUAUGUGAAAUCUAUUGGCUAUGCAUUGAUGAAAACUAAAACUCUCAUAUCCACUAGGUUCAAGUUCAUAUAAACUGGAAAUAUAUCCAUGUGGAUGAGUGUUCAUAUGCAUCUUCAUUUUGCUGGUGCUGUGAGAUCUACAAAUCAAUUGGUUAAAUCUAGCACUAGAGCUUUCAACAAUUUGCUUCCUCCUUAUCUCCUAGUGUGGAUCAUUCUUCUACUUCAUCGCUAACCUUAAUUUUGUAAGUUAGGAUUCUGGUUAAGGUUCCUUGUUGGUCAUUGGAUAACGACUGCAUCACAUUGUGCUAGUUAAAUGAUAUCUCUGGCAUAUUAUCUAUAGAAAACAUCUCCUUGGAGUGUAAAGAAAUUGUUCCAUUAAACACAAAGUCCUGGUUCCCUUUGUGAUAGGAAGUAGGUUCCAUCCCAUUGAAAAGCAUAUCACAGCUGUACCAGAUAUUUGUUCUGUUACUGUGAAAGGCGUCUUUGAGCUAGUUAAACACUUUUUAGGAUAUUCCAAGUUUUCAGUAUUUGGUUUAUUGUUAAUACUGCACAAUAUUUUUCUUUGCUCCUUGCAUGUUUGAUUAAUAUGAAGAAAAGAUCUAUCUUUGACAGAGCAUUUGAGAGCCAUAACAUGAACACCACUACAUGCUUUCACAGAUAUAUAUUCAUGUUCAUGACUUGAACUUAGCCUGUGAAUGAAAAGAGAGGUUUUCUAUUUGCCUUGGAAAGAAUUAAUAGCUAAAUUAAUUGUUAUGUCACUGUUGAAAAUUGAAAUUCAUUUUGUUCCAGUAUUGUUUAAAACAAGCAGAGAAAUUAUUUUCUCAGUUAAAUCUAACGGUAGCUCAACUACUGAACAUAUAUUUUCAUAAGAGAGCAAUUAAUACUGAAAAUACUAAAGAGUUAACUUCAUAUUCUGCUUUACCACACUAAUGUCACAGAAAGCUUGGCAACAGUCAUACAAAUCAUAAUUCUGUUGUUUGAGCUUUCUGUGAUCACGUAAAUGAUUUCUGCAAUAGCAUGAAAUGAAUGUAAUUGCUUUGGUGCGUUGUAGUGAAGAGAUGUUCAACUGUGGUUGCCAGCACUAACAGAGAGAACAUUGACUUUAGGAGAACAAAAUGUACAAGUUGAGUGUGAAUGUAUCCAGUUGCAUUAUGCUGGUCACCAUUUUGUAAUUUCAUCCCAUUUCUGUAAUUUAUUAGUGAUGUAACAUAUUCGGAGAAGCAUAUUAAGUUAAAUAACUUUGGUUAAUAAAACUCAAGUGUUUA